CGCCUGCCACCUCCGCCACGGUCCGCCCGACUCGCGGGCAGCCAGGCCGCCACCGUCGCGCGCCAGGGUCCCAGGUGCCCGGGCCAGGGGGCCAUGCCGUGCCGGAGGGAGGAGGAAGAGGAAGCAGGCGAGGAAGCGGAGGGGGAGGAGGAGGAGGGCAGCUUCCUUCUGCUGGAGCAGUCGGUGACGCUGGGCGGCUCGGGAGAGGUGGACCGGCUGGUGGCCCAGAUCGGCGAGACGCUGCAGCUGGACGCGGCGCGCGACAGCCCCGCCUCCCCGCGUGUGCCCCCGGGGCCGCCGCUGCAGCCCCCGCGACCCCCGGCGGUGUCUCUGAGGCUGCCGCCCGUGUCGGCCGAGGUGGGGAGCCCGGCGCCCCCGGGGGCCCUGCGCUGUGCGCUCGGGGACCGCGGCUGGGUCCGCGGCCGAGCUGCGCCCUACUGCGUGGCAGAGCUUGCUGCAGGCCCCACUGCGCUGUCCCCACUGCCGCCUCCUCCCGGCCUCGAUGGGCCUCCGGGAGCUGGCAAGCAAGGCAUCUCUCAGCCGCUGUCCGGCCCGUGCCGGCGAGGAUGGCUCCGCAAUGCUGCCGCGUCCCGCCGCCCGCAGCCGCGACGCGGAUCCCAGCCUGAAACCCGCGCCGGCGACGACGAUCCGCACCGGCUCCUGCAGCAGCUCGUGCUCUCGGGAAACCUCAUCAAAGAGGCAGUGCGGAGGCUGCACUCGCGACGGCUGCAGCUACAAGCAAAGCUUCCCCAAGGCCCCCUCCUCGGGCCUCUGUCGGCCCCGGUGCAUGAGCCCCCCUCUCCUCGAAGCCCUCGCGCGGCCUGCAGUGACCCUGGUCCGUCCGGAAGGAGGGCGCAGCUCAGAACUGGGGACAGCGUUCUUGUCCCUGGCAGCUAACGCCCAGGGCGGCCACCGCUUCAACCUAUGACUGGAGAGCAGGGGGUUCCCCGAAGCCUGCAACCCUGCUCAGACAGACAAGGUCUCAGGAUGCAGUUCAGUCUGGGCUUCAACUCCAGACUGAUUCAGUGAUCCUCCUGCUUCAGCCUCCAGACUGCUGGGAUUACAGGCUCUGUGCCACCACAACUGGCUUAGGACAUUGUCCAACACUGUUCAUUGCACAACUCUGCAUGUAGACUAUAAUGUGAAUGACACCUUUGCAUUUGCCCAAAUUGGUGAUCCUGGAAAACUCUGCCCUAGGUGCCUAGACUGGGCUAGGAAAUGCCAGCUCAGAAGCAGAAACAUGGAGGGAAGAUCAGAAACCACUUUCCUAUCCAGCAAAGUCUGUGUUGAACCCUGUGAUCCCUUUCUUCCAAUCAGGAAAGUGUUACCUUGGCAACCAAAUUACUAACUCACUCAAUUAGCUCCCCCUUUUUCCACCAAUGCUCAGUAAUCACAGAAUGUCAGCCCUGGGAGAGCUCGGGCUUCAGCAGUCUUGUGCUACUGCCUCAUUUAGGAUGGAAAUCCAGAGAGGUUUCCACUUGGAGGUGCACUCCAUCUGAACACCACAAAAGCUGAUGCAGGCAAAAGGGAAAAACUCUCCUGUACAGUGUUUCCAUCCAUAACUGCAAGGAGAACAAAUGGCCUGCAUAGAACAGUGUUUCCCAGAAGACAUAAGAGACAAGAACCAGGGCUCUGCAGCAGCCUUCCAUUGCUAGCUGUGCAAUCUGGGACAGGAUACAUAAGCUCAGCAAUCUCGAUUCAUCUGCAAAAGGGUUAAGUAUAGAGCCCACCUGAAAGAAUGGUGUGAAGAUUAGAUAUUUUAUGGAAAGCAAAUAAUAAAACAUUGUUCCUGAAAGCUCCGAAAGCUAUUGCAUUAAGGUCACUACUCGGAGUCUUUGAGUCUUUUGUUGACGCUGCCUCUUAAUGACUUCUUUAAUAUAUUAUAUUUUGUGGAUGUUUUAUGCAGUUGUUGGGGUUUUUUUAUGUGUUUGUGCUGAGACAUGUACCCAGGGUCUCCCACAUUCUAAGCAAAUACUCUACCUUUGA